GUCAAAUUUACAGCUGAUGAGCUCCGUAGAAUUAUGGACUACAAACACAACAUUCGUAAUAUGUCUGUGAUUGCCCAUGUCGAUCAUGGGAAGUCGACGCUUACCGAUUCUCUUGUGGCUGCUGCUGGUAUUAUUGCACAAGAAGUUGCUGGUGAUGUCCGUAUGACAGAUACUCGCGCUGAUGAGGCUGAGCGUGGCAUCACUAUCAAGUCUACUGGUAUCUCUCUAUAUUAUGCCAUGUCUGAUGAUUCCUUAAAGAGCUAUGGCGGAGAGCGUCAAGGGAAUGAGUACUUGAUCAAUCUUAUUGAUUCCCCGGGGCACGUUGACUUCUCAUCUGAGGUGACAGCGGCACUCCGAAUUACUGAUGGUGCAUUAGUGGUGGUAGAUUGUGUUGAGGGUGUUUGUGUUCAAACCGAAACUGUGCUUAGACAGGCAUUGGGCGAAAGGAUUAGGCCAGUUUUGACUGUCAACAAGAUGGAUAGGUGCUUCCUUGAGCUCCAGGUUGAUGGAGAGGAAGCUUACCAGACAUUCCAGAGAGUUAUUGAGAAUGCUAACGUUAUUAUGGCUACUUAUGAAGAUCCACUGCUUGGCGAUGUUCAGGUUUACCCCGAGAAAGGAACUGUUGCUUUCUCUGCUGGUUUGCAUGGCUGGGCAUUUACUUUGACAAACUUUGCUAGGAUGUAUGCCUCUAAGUUUGGAGUUGAUGAGUCUAAGAUGAUGGAAAGACUCUGGGGUGAGAACUUCUUUGACCCAGCUACUAAAAAGUGGAGCAGCAAGAAUACUGGAUCUCCUUCCUGCAAGCGUGGUUUCGUUCAGUUCUGUUAUGAACCAAUCAAGCAGAUUAUUGGUAUUUGUAUGAAUGACCAGAAAGAUAAGCUAUGGCCAAUGUUGCAAAAGCUUAACAUCGCUUUGAAGUCUGAUGAAAAGGAUUUGAUGGGUAAGGCAUUGAUGAAACGUGUCAUGCAGACUUGGCUCCCAGCAAGUGAUGCCCUUCUGGAAAUGAUGAUCUUCCACCUACCCUCUCCUUCCAAGGCACAAAAAUACCGUGUUGAAAACUUGUAUGAGGGUCCCCUUGAUGAUCAAUAUGCAGCUGCUAUCAGGAACUGUGACCCCGAAGGUCCCCUCAUGCUCUAUGUAUCUAAGAUGAUUCCUGCAUCUGAUAAGGGUAGGUUCUUUGCUUUUGGUCGUGUGUUCUCUGGAAAGGUCUCAACCGGUCAGAAGGUCAGAAUCAUGGGUCCAAACUUUGUACCCGGUGAGAAGAAAGAUUUGUAUGUAAAGAGCGUGCAAAGGACUGUUAUUUGGAUGGGAAAGAAGCAGGAAACUGUUGAGGAUGUGCCUUGUGGUAACACUGUGGCAAUGGUUGGUUUGGAUCAGUACAUAACCAAAAAUGCUACUUUGACAAAUGAGAAGGAAGUUGAUGCCCACCCAAUCCGAGCCAUGAAGUUCUCAGUCUCACCUGUCGUGCGUGUGGCUGUUCAAUGCAAAGUUGCAUCUGAUCUCCCCAAGCUUGUUGAAGGUCUUAAACGUCUGGCCAAGUCAGAUCCUAUGGUUGUCUGUACCAUCGAGGAGUCUGGAGAGCACAUCAUUGCAGGUGCAGGAGAGCUCCACCUUGAGAUCUGUUUGAAGGAUUUGCAGGAAGAUUUCAUGGGUGGUGCUGAGAUUGUGAAGUCAGAUCCAGUUGUGUCUUUCCGUGAGACUGUACUUGAAAAAUCCUGCCGUACUGUCAUGAGCAAGUCCCCAAACAAGCACAACCGUCUUUAUAUGGAAGCCCGACCGUUGGAGGAAGGUCUUCCUGAGGCUAUUGAUGAUGGUCGUAUCGGUCCAAGGGAUGAUCCAAAGUCCCGUUCUAAGAUCCUGGCUGAGGAGUUUGGUUGGGACAAGGAUCUUGCAAAGAAAAUCUGGUGUUUUGGUCCUGAGACCACAGGCCCUAACAUGGUUGUCGAUAUGUGUAAGGGAGUUCAGUACCUGAACGAAAUAAAGGAUUCUGUUGUUGCUGGGUUCCAGUGGGCGUCAAAAGAAGGUGCAUUGGCUGAAGAAAACAUGAGGGGUAUCUGCUUUGAAGUGUGUGAUGUUGUUCUUCACGCUGAUGCCAUUCACAGAGGUGGCGGUCAGGUCAUCCCAACUGCUAGACGUGUCAUUUACGCAUCCCAGCUGACUGCUAAACCCAGGCUUCUUGAGCCUGUCUACUUGGUGGAAAUCCAAGCCCCGGAGCAGGCCCUCGGUGGAAUUUACAGUGUUCUUAACCAGAAACGGGGUCACGUCUUCGAGGAAAUUCAGAGGCCUGGAACCCCUCUUUACAACAUCAGGGCAUACCUUCCUGUCAUCGAGUCCUUCGGAUUCUCAAGCACUUUGAGGGCUGCAACCUCCGGACAGGCCUUCCCACAAUGUGUGUUUGAUCAUUGGGACAUGAUGUCAUCCGAUCCAUUGGAGACGGGAUCGCAGGCAGCACAACUCGUGGUCGAUAUCAGGAAGCGGAAGGGUCUCAAGGAGCAGAUGACACCGCUUUCCGAGUACGAGGACAAGCUGUGAAAGGAGACCUCAUUUCCGAGAGGCUGAGAAUGUGCAGCCUAUAUGGUUUAUUUUUUAC